AUGGAAGACAUUAAAGUGUGUAGAAUAUGCCUCGUUAUGGAUGUUAAAAUGUUCGACCUGCAAUCUUAUCCUCUAGGAACUUACUAUGAACUAAUUGUAGGAGUAAACCCACUAAAGUUGGCAGAUCUGCCGCAACUUGCCUGUUACGAGUGUGCCACAUUAGUCAAGAAGUUCUUUUUCUUCCGUGAGAAAUGUCUGAGGGGACAAGCUGCUCUAUGUGGUAUACUGCAUUCAUCGGGAAAGAUAACAUCGGAAGGGAUAAAACAGAUUGACAGACAAUAUUUAUAUUUGAAGUCAAACCUCUCUGUAGUUAAUUUAGAAGAGUAUAAAGACUUUACUUUUACUUAUGAAAAUAAAACUAAAGAUGAUAUCAAAGAAGAGUUAUUUGAUCUAGAGGAAAGUAAUCAGGAAUUUGAUGAUGAACUAGAAAAACCCUUCGAACUAGAAGAGAGUAUUCAAGAGUGUGGUGUGGAGGCGGAAGAUAUAAAAGAAGAAUAUUGUUUUGAUGAAAUCCCGGCAACACUAUCAAGUGAUGACAAUGAACCGUUAUCUCUUCAUAAAACUAAUAAAGAGAAGCAGCUUAAAAAGACAUUGGUUAAAAAGAAGCGAAGGAAGUUAAUAAAGAAGGAGGAACAUGAAGGGCCUGAUUCAGAAAAUAAGCCUGAAGAGAAUUUAAAUUUUACAGAGAGUGCAGAUGACAGUCAAAUGUUGCCUCCAGAUAUUAGAGAAAUUGUUAAAAGCAAACGCAAGAGAGGUCGUCCGCGAAAAAUUGUAGAGGGAACAGUGGAAACAAAAGAACAGAAGCCAAGAAGAACGAGGAACACGGGAGGACUACCUGAUGAUGAGACAGACUUAGAGGACUAUGUCACUAUCAUAAAAUUAACGGUGGAGGAACAGAUUGAAGAGAUAACGAAGCGCAAGACUUCCUCCAACUAUCUGAACGCGUCCUUCCAGUGCAAUUUGUGCUAUAAAGGUUUCAUAGACACGCACGCGUGGAAACAUCACGUGGGGAAACACGAUCCAAGCGCAGGCGAUUUGGAGUGUUCGAUCUGCAAGUUCCGUUUCAAAACGAAGCGGACGCUGCAGAAGCACGUCACCAACCACGAGAAGAAGUACGCCUGCAAAGCUUGCCCUUAUGUCUCGAAGACAACGACACAAGCGAAACAACACCAGAGAUGGCAUAAAGGCGUCACAUAUAAAUGCCAAUACUGCGAUGAAAUAUCGACCAAGUGGACGUCGUACCUGAGCCACGUGCGCAUGAAGCACCCGUCGCAGCACAUCUGCGGCGCGUGCGGAUACUCCUUCGUGAGCCGCCUCGGCCUCGCCAUGCACCGCACCAUGAUGCACAAGGACCUCGAGAAGUUAGAAGCAGAAGAAAGUGAAGAAGGUCCGUACUGCGAGCAAUGUGACGUAAAAUUCUUAACAGAAGAAGCUUGGAAAAGACACAUGGUGACUUCAGUGAAGCAUACGCAGAGCACUGAUUUUAAUACGGGAUGCCGGGUUUGCGGGGAGACAUUCAGUAACGCAGAAGAAUUACGUCUGCACCAUAGAACGGAACACGCUCGGAAGAGGCCCAAGAACUACGGCAAGAAGCCGUCCAAUCUCGCCUGGCCCACAGAAUGCGAACAUUGUUCGGAGAAGAUAGCGAAUGCACGAGACUAUUGGACUCACUUUCGACGCGUACAUCCUGAUAAAAACUAUCCUAUUCAGAAGAAUUACAUCUGUGAUAUUUGCGGCAAGAGUUUUCGGGGCAAUGCAUUUUUGGUGUACCACAAACGAACACACUCCGAAGAGCGUGCAUACAAGUGUGCUCAAUGUCCGAAAGCGUUCUUCAACCGCACCAACCUGCAGAUGCACGAACGCACGCACUCCGAUGUGCGGCCGCACCCCUGCCCGGUCUGCUGCAAGGCGUUCAAGUGCAAGGGCGCGCUCGAGCGGCACUCGCGAAGCCACACUGGAGUAAAACCGUACGAGUGCGAAGUAUGCGGCAAGGCGUUCGCGCAGUCCAACAGCCGCAAGUUGCACCCGCAGCCGCCUCGAGCACCGCAACCGCCUCGCGCACCAGCUCUACUGACCGCACCAGCUCUACUGCACGCUACUGGACUCUACUGCGCACCACAAGCAGCCUUCGCCGUACAUCAGCCGCAGCUGCCUCGAGCGCCGCAACCGCCUCGCGCACCAGCUCUACUGACCGCACCAGCUUCACUGCACGUUACUGGGCUCUACUGCGAGCCACAAGCAGCCCUCGCCGUACAUCAGCCGCAGCCGCCUCGAGCACCGCAACCGCCUCGCGCACCAGCUCUACUGACCGCACCAGCUCUACUGCACGCUACUGGACUCUACUGCGCACCACAAGCAGCCUUCGCCCCGCAGCUGCCUCGAGCGCCGCAACCGCCUCGCGCACCAGCUCUACUGACCGCACCAGCUUCACUGCACGUUACUGGGCUCUACUGCGAGCCACAAGCAGCCCUCGCCGUACAUCAGCCGCAGCCGCUUAGAGCGCCGCAAACGCCUCGCGCACCAGCUCUACUGACUGCACCAGCUCUACUGCACGCUACUGGACUCUACUGCGCACCACAAGCAGCCCUUGCCGUACAUCAGCCGCAGCCGCUUAGAGCGCCGCAACCGCCUCGCGCACCAGCUUUACUGACUGCACCAGCUCUACUGCACGCUACUGGACUCUACUGCGCACCACAAGCAGCCCUCGCCGUACAUCAGCCGCAACCGCCUCGAGCGCCGCAACCGUCUCGCGCACCAGCUCUACUGACCGCACCAGCUCUACUGCACGCUACUGGACUCUACUGCGCACCACAAGCAGCCCUCGCCCUGCAGCUGCCUCGAGCGCCGCAACCGCCUCGCGCACCAGCUCUACUGACCGCACCAGCUUCACUGCACGUUACUGGGCUCUACUGCGAGCCACAAGCAGCCCUCGCCGUACAUCAGCCGCAGCCGCUUAGAGCGCCGCAACCGCCUCGCGCACCAGCUCUACUCACUGCACCAGCUCUACUGCACGCUACUGGACUCUACUGCGCACCACAAGCAGCCCUUGCCGUACAUCAGCCGCAGCCGCUUAGAGCGCCGCAACCGCCUCGCGCACCAGCUUUACUGACUGCACCAGCUCUACUGCACGCUACUGGACUCUACUGCGCACCACAAGCAGCCCUCGCCGUACAUCAGCCGCAGCCGCCUCGAGCGCCGCAACCGCCUCGCGCACCAGCUCUACUGACCGCACCAGCUCUACUGCACGCUACUGGACUCUACUGCGCACCACAAGCAGCCCUCGCCGUACAUCAGCCGCAGCCGCCUCUAGCGCCGCAACCGCCUCGCGCACCAGCUCUACUGACCGCACCAGCUCUACUGCACGCUACUGGACUCUACUGCGCACCAUAA